GCAGAUAGUACGAUUUUGCUUGGCUGAGAGGUUCAAAAUCGCGGCAAUAAUCAUUUGCCCGUUCAUUAUUUCAACUGUUUUGUUUUCAGCCAAAAACAGCUGUUUAAUGUUUUGACAACAACGUUGAGAGUAUUGGUGAACUUCUCGCAAAACUGACUUUUUUCUCAGGGCGACUCCGUCCCUUUUUCGAGCGAACCUAUAUACUUGCAUGGCUUGGUGUGGUGAGUAUGCUGCCGAACAUCGCAGAUUCGGCGGAGGCAUCGAAAACCGCUAUCAGUUUAUGAUAGUGGUUGACGACAAGCAGUUUUGAUACGGCCAACUCACGUUGUUUGUGUUGUUCUUUCAUUGCAACUCAUUGAACAACAUUGUUCCCUUCUACUUUUCGGGUCUGUAUUUAAUUUAUAUCGUAUUCGAAACGUGCUUACAUAAUCGCAUAGUUCAAACCCGGGUUGUGGUCAUUCAUUGUUUGAAAAUGCAACUGUUCCGCGGAAUCCAACGUUUAUCACCUACUGCGCAGCUCCUGCGAAACAUGUCAUCCGGAGCGGAACGUACCGUCAUCUGUGAGGACAUAAGCAAGGAUAAGGGGUUGAUCACUUUGAACCGGCCUAAGGCACUGAAUGCCAUUAAUUUGGACAUGGUUCGCCAAAUUUCCGCCGCAAUGAAAGGUUGGCGAGACACGAAAAAUUUGGUAAUCAUAAAAGGUGCCGGAGAAAAAUCUUUCUGUGCCGGCGGUGAUGUUCGAGCUGUAACGGAAAAUGGCCCAACUGAAUCUUCGAAGGCAUUUUUUCGUGAGGAAUAUCGUUUAAAUGAACUGAUUUCGAGCUACCGUCCCGAGUAUGUGGCUCUCAUUGAUGGAAUUACAAUGGGUGGAGGAGUUGGAUUGUCCGUGCACGGCAAGUAUCGGGUUGCCACCGAAAGAACAAUGUUUGCCAUGCCAGAAACGGCAAUCGGCCUUUUCCCAGACGUUGGUGGAAGUUUCUUCCUUCCCAGGCUGCAAGGAAAACUUGGACUUUAUCUGGGACUAACCGGUUUUCGACUUAAGGGUAAAGAUGUUCUGAAAGCUGGAGUCGCUACUCAUUAUGUCGACAGCAAAGAUAUUGAAGCUUUGCAGCAAGCCUUAUUUGCCACAAAUAACAGCACCGAGGUGGCAAACGUGCUGGAAAAAUUUAACGUUAAAGAUAAUUCCGAAUUUGUUCUGGCCAAACAUCUGAAACAGAUCAACGAAUGCUUCAGCGGCGAAACUAUAGAGGCAAUCAUUUCUAACCUCAACAAAGACGGAUCUGAUUGGGCCAAGUCAACUCUGAACACAUUGUCCAAAAUGUCCCCCACAUCUCUGAAGGUCACCAAAAAACAGUUGGAGAUUGGAGCAACUUUGAAUCUUCGUUCGUGCCUCAAAAUGGAGUUCCGGAUGGCCGUGCACAGUGUGACCGAUAGCGAUUUCAAGGAAGGUGUCCGUGCAAUGUUGGUCGAUCGUGAUAACAACCCCAAGUGGAACCCGGCCACCCUUAAUGACGUCAACUCGCAACAGGUCGAUCGGUUUUUCGGCCCAUUACCUUGUGGAGAUGAACUGGUUUUUGAGGAUGAAAUUAAAGCCAACCUGUAGGAACGGGGAAAAAAAGUUCCGAUAUAUCCAGUGGUGAUGGAAAACCCAAGUGCAUUUAUUAGUUUUUUAUAAUUAUAUUCCAUCGGAAGUUAAG